AUGAGAGGGCGUCAAGAAUUAUGUUGUUCUGCUCCUCCCGCCUCCUCAGAUAUUCAAUCUCGGCUCGAAGGUCUUCCUCUUCCUGGUAACUGUCGACAACGCAGUACUGCCCCUCCGCUGCACACCUGGUGCGUGGCGCCUUAUGCGUCAAAACUCGUGGCUCACCUUGUCUCGAUUUCUGCGGCAGUGCUGACAGCCCGGCAGCGCUCGAUGUUCCCAAGUCAUGGCUUUGCGGCCUGUUGCUCUCCUGAUACAGUGCGGGAUAACAGUGCACAGCAUGCAUUAGAUGGUACUCACUUUGAUUGGGAACGCUGGAGUGGUGGAGGAGCGCGUCGUGGCAGAUGGACACAUGCACACCCACAAAUAUGUAUUCUGACUGCUCGUGCCAUUUCUGCUUACCUCGUCAUCUGGUGGUAA